AUGUAUAUAGCAAAAGCAUCAGAGUGCCUUAUAAUAACCGGAGUCAGAAUCGCAGACAUCAAACUUGCAAAGAAAGCAUGGAUUCUUCCUGGUCAAUCCUACACCGUCUUCGACCUUUCUCCGGUGAACUACACCUUUGAAGUUCAAGCUAUGAGCGCUGAGAAGCUCCCUUUUGUUCUCCCUGCCGUCUUCACAAUCGGUCCUCGUGCCAACGAUCAUGAAAGUCUCCUCAAAUACGCCAAACUGAUUUCACCACAUGAUAAGCUUUCCAAUCAUGUUAAUCAACUUGUUCAAGGAAUCGUCGAAGGCGAGACACGUGUACUCGUUGCUUCAAUGACGAUGGAAGAGGUUUUCAGAGGAACAAAAGAGUUUAAAAGAGAAGUAUUCGAGAAAGUCCAACUUGAACUUAACCAGUUUGGAUUAUUGAUUUACAAUGCAAAUGUUAAACAAUUGGUUGAUGUUCCAGGUCAUGAGUAUUUCUCAUAUUUAGGGCAAAAAACACAAAUAGAAGCAGCGAAUCAAGCUAAAGUAGAUGUGGCAGAAGCUACUAUGAAAGGUGAGAUUGGUUCGAAAUUGAGAAGAGGACAAACGCAGCAGAAUGCAGCGAAAAUUGAUGCAGAGACGAAGGUUAUUGCCGUGCGGAGAAAUGGAGGGUGA